AUGGUCGGAGGUGCCGUCUCGCUCGCUCAGCGGGUUCGCCUACGCAGCGCGUCGCUGUUGGUUCAGGCCACUCUUCCCUCGACCCGUACUGCCUCCACGUCGCGGGGCUUCUCAGCAGCUGCUUCGGCGUCUCCGAGGAUAGCAAGGGUCAGCCCCGUCUUUGUUCCGACGGCUUUCGGCAAGGCCAUCACACCAGCUCUGCUCGCUGGCAAGCCUUUCUCGUCGAGCAUCGCACAUCGAAGUCUCUCGUUCUGGGGCUCUUCCAACAAAUCCAGUACCGAUGCAUCGACGGUCUCCUCUCAGCUCGAGUCCAAAAAGGACGAGGCCGUUGAAGCCGUUAGCGAGCUGAAGCAGUCCACCGAGACACAUCUUCGCGAUGCCGGCUCCUCGGUCUCCGACUCCUUGCAGUCAACGCAGCAAUCCGCAAACGACGCCGUCUCGACUCUUCAAACCAAAGCAUCCUCCCUCACCUCGGACCUUACCCAAACAUUCAGCAACGUUGAUCCCACAGCCACCGCCACCCUCACCGAAACAUUCGGCUCAGCAGCAGGUAUCAAGGCAGGUGAACUGUCCGAGCUGGGUCUCAACCACUGGGUCACCCCUCCCGGCUGGAUCACCAACCUGCUCGAGUUCGUCGGCACCCACACCGGGCUCCCUUGGUGGGGCACCAUCGUCGUCACCACCCUGGCGCUUCGACUUCUCAUCUCGCCCAUCAACGUCGCCGGUCAGAAAAACGCCAUCCGUCUGGGCAACAUCCAACCCGAGAUGAAACGUCACAUGGACGACGUGAAGCACUACAAGGCCGCAGGAGACCAGGCGAACCUCCAACAAGCCGUGCAGGCCACCCAACGUCUGUUGCGCGAGAACAACGCCAACCCCCUCGGCUCGAUCAUCCCGAUUCUCGUGCAGUUCCCCUUGAUGUUCUCGUUCUUCCUCGCCUUGGAACGCAUCGCCAAGUCAGGGAGCGAGACGUUUGCCCACGGCGGACCGUGGUGGACCAUGGAUUUGACUCAACCGGAUCCCACGUGGAUCUUGCCAGCCGUUUCGACGCUCGCCACCUUUGCCGUCGCCGAAUUAGGCUUCAAGGUGGGCACCAACAACCAGUCGGAUCCGAACCAGAGCACUAUGAUCAAGUACGUCUUCCGUGGUGCUAUGCCCCUGAUCGGCUGGUUUUCCACCACCUUCCCCUCGGGAGUGUUGGUCUAUUGGGCAACGACCAACUUGUAUUCGCUGCUGCAGCUGGCCGUGCUGCAAAUUCCGAUCGUGAGACAAUGGGCUAGAUUCCCAAAGCGAAUCCAGCAUCCCAAGAAUCCGUAUGCAAACGAACCAAAGACGUUCAUGGACAAAUUGCGCGCGGCCAAGGAUCAGAUGUCGGACUCCUCGGCGACGCAGAGGGCCGUCAAGCCCGUCGUCAGUGCCACGAGCGCAAAGGGAGCCGUUGCGGCAGGAAGCAGGUCCGACGCCCUCAAGGAGAUCCUCGAUGACAAGGCCGCCUACGAGGCAAGCUCCCCCAUUGGCGAUAAGGAGGCCGCCGCUGCUCAGAAGAACAGAGAGCGCGUGCUCAAGGCCAGACAACGUCGUGCUAAGAAGUAG